AUGUUCAAAUCACAAAGAACUAAAACUGGCGAACGUCUUACACUCCUGCCUGACUUCGAUUUGCGUAAUGAACUCACUGAUCUAUUAAAAAAUGAUGAUGUUAAAAAGCAACUGGGUGACACAAUAUCAAAAGAUUCAGAUUUAAAAAUGACUGAUAUUGAUAGUCAUCUACAAACAAUUGUUGAUUUACUCGAACCUAUCAUUUCUGAUGGUCUAACUGAACGUCUUAAUCAAUUACAAUAUCAAAUUUUUGAUACUGAAAAUCGUUUAGAUGAAUCAGAACGUUAUAAUCGCUCAUACAAUAUUAAAUUAUUAAAUGUACCUUAUCACAAAGAUGAAAAUGCAAUUCAAGUUACCGUGAACAUUGCAAAUGAAAUCGGAUGCUAUCUCGAUUAUACAGAAAUUGAAACAGCCCAUCGUAUUUUUCAAAUACCGGAAAUUUCAACAUCAACUAAACCACCUCUUCCACCGGUUUUGAUUGCACGUUUCUACUCCAGACCACGUUGUUUUGAAUUGCUGUCGUGUAAAUCAGUUUUUAGACAAUUAUGUAAUGAUCAUCCAAUGAAAAACGUUAUUAUUUCCGAAGAUCUCUCAAGAAAAAAUGCUAAAAUUUUUACUACCGCACGACAAAGAGUUCAAAAGAGUAAACGUCAUCAAAUAUUUUCUUCAAAUGGACGCGUAUUUUAUCGUAAUUCAGAAAAUCAAGUAAUUCACUUAAGGGCACUCCCCCCCUUUCCGGACGUGAAAAUUAAAAAACUUUCGAUUUUGAGUAUUUCAUUGCUAAAGGUACUCUGA